GCCAUUGGCUGUGCCGGCGCCGCCGGAUUGGCUCCGCGGCCGGGGGGGACCGAUAAGGCCGGCUAUAAAAGCCCCGGCUGGCGGCCGGUCCCCCAGCGAGCGGGAGCCAGCGGGCCGGCAGAGCGGCCGCCAGCGCUUCCCCAGCCCGGCACACUCCUCGCUCGCCGCCAGCGCCCGUCCGCAUCCACGUCUUCGCUCGAGCCGCAGCGGGAGCGCGGAGCCGCACGCGCACAGACACACAGACACAGACACACACGCACACACGCACACGCACACACACACACACACCAAAAAAAAAAACCCACCCAAAAAACCACACUUAGCGGAAACUUGUCAGAGAAUGCUCCUACAGUCCGGGCUGCUGCUGCUGCUGCUGAUCAGUGCGUCCGCCUCCUACGAAGCCGAGCAGAAUGACUCUGUGAGCCCCCGGAAAGCCCGGGUCGCAGCCCAGAACUCAGCCGAGGUGGUCCGCUGCCUGAACAGUGCCCUGCAGGUGGGCUGCGGGGCCUUCGCCUGCCUGGAGAACUCCACCUGCGACACCGAUGGCAUGUACGACAUCUGCAAGUCCUUCCUGUACAGCGCUGCUAAGUUCGACACUCAGGGAAAAGCUUUCGUGAAAGAAAGCUUGAAGUGCAUUGCAAAUGGAGUUACAUCCAAGGUUUUCCUUGCCAUCCGGAGGUGCUCCACUUUCCAAAGAAUGAUCUCUGAAGUGCAGGAGGAGUGUUACAGCAAGCUGGACAUGUGCGGCAUCGCGAAGCGGAACCCCGAAGCAAUCACCGAAGUCGUCCAGCUUCCAAAUCAGUUCUCAAACAGGUAUUACAACAAGCUGGUGAGAAGCUUAUUGGAGUGCGACGAAGAGACUGUCAACACCAUCAAGGACAGCUUGAUGGAGAAGAUCGGACCCAACAUGGCAAGCCUCUUCCACCUGCUGCAGACAGACCACUGCUCGCAAGCCCACCCGCGAGCGGACUUCGCCAGGAGACGAAUCACGGAGCCUCAGAAGCUAAAACUCUACUUCAGGAACCUCCGAGGUGAGGGGUCUGUCCCGGCCCACACCAAGCGCACCUCUUCCGAAAGCGCGUGACCCUGCCGGGGCGCGCCCGUGGGUGUGUAAGGGAUGCUAGGCGCUACCAAAGCUGACGUCUCUCUUCUAGAAGAGUAAUGCACCCAAACCAAGUGUACUGUAGCUAGUUUUAAUAACAACUAGGAACUGGUUUUAGAUUUAGUCAUUGGUAUUUUCUAUUCCUCUCGAACAAACUUUUGCAUGGAUCUGUGUUCAGUGUCUCAGCUUUCCCGCCGUCAAAGUGUCUCCAUCUCUUUUUCUUUUCCCCCACAGAAAUAUAUCCAAAACAAUCUUAGUCUUAAAUAUAACCAUACAGUAGUCAGGCCUUCAGACACCAAACCCUAAACGUACUGUAGCGCUAACACCAUUGAAGUCUGGAGAUUUGGCACCACGGAGAAUAGCUCCUCUAUUCUCCCUCGCAGAAAGCUGGUAGGCGACGAUAGAUGCACUAACAACUAUUGCACAUCCUGAAGAUGGCAAUGGAAUUCGUGUUAUGAAUCUGUGCUGGCCAUGGACGAAUAUGAAUGUCAUAUUCCUGGUCUCUUAGUGUCAUACGGUCCUAACCCUUCCAACACAGCUCCCCUGGCUGGUUAAUUUACCAAACUCGCUAGCUGUGGCUGGUUCUAGUUACCGUGACCUGGCACCACAGUGCAAAAUGAGCUAAAACACCCCCCACCACCACCAAAUCAGCAGAGGAGCAUUUUGUACUGUGGAAAUCAUCAAAGGAGGUGCCGGUCUAUGGUUAAGGCUAGUCAGAAGGUUACAUAAUCUUGCAUUGUAUUUAAAAGCUAACAUCUAUGUACUGUAUUUAACUGUCUAAAGCUUUAAAAGAAACCUAACACAAACAAGCCCUUUCUUAAGACUAGAGUAUUAAAGGUCUUGCUCUAACUGUGGUAUAAAUAGUUUUAAAAUCUGUCAUGUACUGUACAUAAAUUCCACAAGAGUCUGCUUAAAAGAAGCAGAAUAUAAUAACUUUAUUGCAUAAACUUAGUUUUGUAAGUUAGCUAUUUUCUUUUUUUCCUGGAAACAGUAUCUCUGUCAUAUUCGAAAGUUCACAUUCUACUUUGUGGCCUUUUUAUAAUGGAAGAGAGAUGUUUAAGACAGAAACGAUUCAGACAGGGCCAGAAACAAGCCUCUCUUUUCAUAGGUAACGUGAGUUGGGACCGGCCAGAGCGGCCGUGAAGCCGUGCUGCUCCCCGGGGCAGAGCAGGGCAGGGAUGCCGGGGGGCAGCACACGCAGGCGGAGCGGCUGCUUUGGGAGCUCAGAGCCGCCACGGCGGGUAAAAAUCCCCUUAGAAAGGUGAGUGCUGGGGAAAGGCAGGAAAAAUCCUGAGGCUCUCUCAAACCCGAAACGUAAAACAACGUGCCUGUCUUUAAAAGGCCCCGUGGGGCAGGGCUCGCGCCUCGGCCUCUGCCCGCGUGCCCCCGCGGCGGCCGCAUCCUGCCCGGUAGCCUGCCUGGCCGCGGGGAGCCCAGCAAAGCCGCAUCGCGGCGUGAGGCCGGUGCCGCGCUCCAGGCCGACCCGCUCACCUCCAUCUGCCGAGCGGUGACUCUCGCUCAACUAGUUAGAGAGCUAAUAAAGGAGGGAUCUAUUUUUCUUUUCAAAAUCUAAAGCAAUAUAACUUUUUUUUUUAAACCACAAAGCCUUUAAACAAUAACUUGCUGCUAAUACAUUGAAACCAGAUGCAGUGGCAGCAUUUCUAAUAUUGCUGUCUUCAUUAAAUGUAGCCCAAAAGUGCUGUCAUAAAAUUGUAAGCGGCAAAAAAUGUUGCUGACGGUAGAGGUUUUCGGGGUUUUUUGUUUUGUUUUGUUUAACUACUCUGAAUCGCGCAGUCCGGAGCAGGCAAGAUGCGAUGCUGCAGCUCCUUCUUCAAUCGCAGUCAGGUAUAGCGAGGCCAGCCGGGACAAGGGGGAGGGCUCGGCUGCCCCCACCCCGUCUCCUUGGGUUGUCAUAAUUAAUUUGAUUUUCCCAGUGGGAAUUUAACCUUUUCUUUUCUCCUUGACAUGGGCGGGAAGAGGAUUGGGAAUAAACUUUCCCCUGGUUUGAUUCGCUCUGGCAUCGGGGUAAAAGCAAGCUGUGCACACCGGUGCAGCGCCCGCACGGCGCCUCCGCGGCCUCGCAAGAUUUUGAGCUGCUUCACGUGUCACCUUUUUUUCUUUUCCAAUGCUAAAAUAGUAAGGAAGCCACGAGCACGUAUCCGUAAGACCAAAAGCCCGGGGCUUCCCCUUGCCUGACUUGCGCACGGAGCCCAUGGCGGGUGAGCGGCGGGGGCGGCUCGCGAGGAUGCCGAAUCGCAGGUGGCUGAGUGGGGGGGAGCGAUCCCCCCCGGGACGGGGAGUGAUGCUCAAUAUUAAGUCCAGCUAUUUCACGUUUUAUUUAAUCUCUAAUGCUUUAUUUUUUUAAUCUUGCGUUCAUUGCAAAAUGAUUUCUCUCGGGGGCGGGGAGGGGCUUAUCUAGAAACGUUUGCAUGAUUCUCAUUGUGAUUUGUUUGCACUUUAGAUGUUUUGUGCCAUUAUAAAUUUGCAUUAUGUAUUUAUAAUUUAAAGAUACCUAGAGAGGGGGAGAGUUUGGUUUUUUUGUUUUUUGCUGAGUACUGGAAUAAACAGUGAGCAUAUCUGGUAUAUGUCAUUAUUUAUUGUUUAAAUUACAUUUUUAAAGCUCAGUGUGUUCAUAUAAAGGUUAUUUGAAACAUAUCAUAGUAAUGAGAAAGAUGCAAGUUAUUUUCUUUGCUUAUUUUUAUAAUUAAAGAUGCAUAACAUAAUGAGGCCUAUGUUGGAUUUUCUUCUGCAAUGAAAUAAAAUGUCACAUUUAA